AUGGCUACCCUCUUGCUGUGCUCUGUGCGAGAAGAAAAGAGAAGUGCAGGCUUUUCAAGAAAACAAGUUCCCAAAACUCUGAGCGAAACAUAGAGAGACAGAGAGAUCAUAUUGUUGGGCUGCUGGACGUGUCUUCUUCUUUGUAGAGAAGAAGAGAGUGGGUCCAAGAAGAAGGGCACUACCUCUUCUAAGGAUGGCAUGACAAAAGUGAUCUCUUCAAACAAGGAAGCGAGUGGCUGUUGAUGGAGAGUAAAAGAAAAAACAAGGGAUCUGGAGGAAGAUAAACCACCGGUUGAUGAUGGCAAGCACUUCUGGUCAAGGGUUCAAAUCAAACAGAAAUUAUAGGUGUUGGCUAACGGAAACUUUUGAUGGCCAUGAUGCAGCAGAUGAUGAGUUAUCAGAUGAUCUGGAUGGAAAUGAUAACAUGAUUCAACCAUCCCUUCAAAUUUUUCCUCUAAAUUUGGAACCUUUAGAACCAUUUGUCGGCAUGGAGUUUGAAUCAGCAGAGGAUGCUAGAGAAUUUUAUGAGAUGUACGGCAGGCGUAUGGGAUUUACCAUACGCAAUAAUCGUACACGUCGAUCACUUAAAGAUAACUCAAUAAUUGGUCGGGAAUUUGUUUGCUCAAAAGAAGGUUUUCGCAUAGAAAAGUAUGCAAAUAGACGAAACGGAAUUCUUCCAUCACGGCGAGCCACUAGAGAGGGAUGCAACGCAAUGAUGAGGAUAGCUGCCAAGGAUGGGGGAAAGUGGGUUAUAUAUGGUUUUGUAAAAGAGCAUAAUCAUGAAUUGAAUCCCAGCAAAAUUCCUCCUCGACGAUCUCAUAGGAUAGCAUUUUGUGAGGAUGAGAAAGACUUAAAAGUACGGGAACUAACCAUGGAGCUGCAUCGUGAGAAAAAGAAAUCUGCAGCUUAUCAGGAGCAACUACAGGUAGUUUUGAAAUAUAUUGAGGAGCAUACUCAAAGGCUGUCAUUGAAAGCUGAAGUGGUAACUAACAACAUAGGAGAACUUGAAGCUGAGGAGCAAGACAGUGCACAAUCUGAUUAGAGUGUCAUUUGAACCAUCUCUGUUAUUAAAUUGCCACAGAAGCAAAGAAAGCAACCAGCUGCCUGAUUCAUAUAUGCAUAUUUCGAUUUUACUAUAGUUUCUUGUUACCCAUUCGGUAGAGAGUAAUUCGGUUCGAGCCUUGGACAAUUUUAACAUCAGAUGUAUUUCAGGCAAGUACUUAUCUGAGUUGGUGGAUCCUAUGGUGAGCAUGAUUAGAUUAUAACCUCUACAUUGUUCUUUGCCAUGUUCUGUGGUGAUGAACUGCAGAUACCAUCCAUGAUCUCCUCACUGGUGGGAUAAGUUGAUGCAAGAUGUUUCUUUUUUUCUUCCACGUUCUUUCUAGCAUCCACAGGGUGGUAGCAGCUGAUGGCUCUAAUCAAAGACUCUUUAAGAUGACAUUGGUAUAAUGUGCCAGAACAUGCAGUGACAUUUUAUAUAUUUUCAUCCAUGUAGGUGUACAAGACCCUCUUUAUCUUCUCUCUCUCUCUCUCUCUCUCUCUCUCUCUCACUAUCUUUUUGAAAGGUCUUUUUCAUUCUUUCCUUUCAUUCAGUUUCAUCAACCUACAUCUCUGCUGACAACAAAUGUCAAGUAUUAGUAAUGCUAUUUGUAUUAAGAGCUGAAAGGGUCGUGGGCCUCCCAAAUGUUACAAACAAAAUUUGACUUCUUUGGAGAAACUAAUAAACAAGUGAAGAGUUUAUCUUAA